AUGGCGCGUGGCCUGCAAGAGUUAAUCGACUUCUUGCUAAAUGAGGUCGCGCUUUGCGGCAGCCAAGGCGCGACCGUGUCAGAGGUCUUGACAUCUAUUGACUCAUUUUACCAAUCUUCCAAAGAUGCUGACCCUCAGAGACAUCAAAAUGUGGACUAUCGCUUUCAGUUCAAGGUCUGGUCAUGGCUAACACGCAACCCUGAGGUGUCAGUUGGCGAGAAUAAUGAGUUGAACCACCUCACUCUCGACCAGGUGAAAAGCCUCGACAAAGCUGGCGAUAAAGACGCAAAUGAAGCAAACCAAUCAACUGAAAACGAGCCAGAAGAAUCUACUCCAUCGACCGCCCGAGUUUAUGUUUCCAAAGAGAGAACUUGGUAUGCAGUCGCUGGCCACGAGCCCGAUGAGAACAAACUUCCGGCGUCUGAAUUUGCAUUGCUCUCCAUCAUUGCCAUCAGGAAAUCUAGUGGAAUCUCCCAGAUCGAGUUGAUUAGGCUGAGCGGUCAAGACAAGCGAUCAGUCCCUAAGAGAACGGACUCUUUAGCCACAAAAGGCUACGUCGAUAAGCGCGCUGUCCACGUAAGAGGUUCACGAACCAGCCUCCUGACCCAUCGUCAAUUCUUGAACACACCUACCACUGAGAAACCUGGGGGGCAGACGGCAGACGACAACCACAUGCUCGAUUUUCAUGAUUUCACCAACCGCUUGUUUGAUAUCCUAAGAACCAGUGAAAAUGGGAUCAUCGGUCGUAACGAUCUAAAGGAAACCUUGGGGUUCACCGAACUUUGGUACUCCAGAAUUCUCUCCCGAGCUAUUCGCAAAUGGGAACAAAUUGGAGUCCUCAGGCGAGUGACAGCUGAGUCGCAAUACAAGUCAAUGCAUAGCUGCGUUGAAUUGCUCAGGGACCCCACGGAGAAAGAUUUUGAUCGUUUCUACGAGUACAGCAAUGAAAGUAUUAGUAAGGGAGCAGAGAAUAUAGCAGAUCCUGAUGAUGAGAUGGAACUGGAGGCCGGGGAAAAAGAUAUCAAUAUGGGUGUGGUUCAAUCUGGGUGUAUCAUUCCGAGCUGGACUCCCGAUAGAAGUAUGUCGAAUCAAAUAUUCGAUGUCAUUGAUAAUGCUGGGACAGCUGGAAUCACCAACGAUAUGAUCAAUCGUAUUUGCUUUGGGCGCUUUUACAAGAGAUCAUCUGAGAGUCUGACCCAUCGUUUGACUGAUUGCUGGCAAGUUUCUCAGCCACCUCAUCUCCGCCAUUUAGCGCUCGUUCGGGAUUCUGGCGUACGCAAGACCAUCAUACACUAUGUGCAUUAUUCCGCAAGAAACUUUGGCAAGAAGGUCGAGCAGGGUGGCGCUUUCUGGGAAGCUGUUGAAUUUCCAGUCAAGAAUCAAAAAUCUUCUAAAGUCAAGAUUCCCCCUGUUCAUGCUUCAUUUCCAGUCGAUGAAUAUGGCUUCAUCUCCAACAGCGUGCCUCGAAAUCUAUUGAAGAAUGGAAAUGUUAGCUUGUUUGAAGGCAUAUCGAGCUGCAAGCCGCCCAACUAUAGCCUUACCCGCAAAGAUCCCAUGGGCGUCUACGGUGCGGAUGGCUCAUAUCGGAUUCAAGCCGGCAGCACCGUCCCCUUAGAAAGUUUGCCUCGUUCACCUCGACCAAACGGCAGUCGCAAAUUGGGCCGUCCAAGAAAAGACGCACAGGCUCCCACACCGAAGGGGCUCAAAAGAGAGACCUCUGAGCCCCCAGAAAUCAAUGAGAACAGCAUAAACGUGGACGUGACCCCACAGCGGCCAAAGCAAAACCAGACGAAGCAUGAAAAGUACAAGAACUUGCCCACGAAGGAAAGAUACGAAGCAAUGGGCUGGGAUGAGACGUGGACAGAAUACAACGCCCUAGUGAUGGAAAAACCGACGCCAGGCAUAUAUGUUACCCCCCACGGUAAACGUAGACCGGCAGGAAAGAAACAGGGUCGUCCAAAACUAAGUCGAAUCGCGGUCUUCAAAUCCUCAAAAUUGUCUUCUUUGCCUUGGUUUACCGAAGCAGACGAGGAUUCAGAUAAUACAGAUGCAUCCAAUGAAGCUACCACACAGCCCCCUACACUCCAAAUCGAAGAGUCUACACCAGAUCCCAUGGUAUCAAUUGUUCCUUCGUCGCCCGUGGAAGCUGUGAAUCCAACUCCAACACGUCCAACACAUCCAAGAAGAGGCAAGAGAGCUCAACCACCUGUAGAUUCUCAUAAUUUGACUGCAGAUCCUAUCAUUUCCAAUGGACCCAAGCGCUCCGAUGAAAGAUCUACGAAACGACCACGUGUUGAUGGCUCUAGAGACAAGAUGAAUAAAACUCCUCAGACAGCCCCAGGCUCAAAUCGAUCUCCGGCGCCAAGCGUUGAUGAAGCUGCAUCCGAUGCAACCCCAGCGAAGUACCGCAGAAACGGAUCAUUAACGGACACUGUUAAUGGGAAGGAGGCACAGCUUCAAACUCCGAGACAACAUCAAAAUGAGCCUCAAGAAGCCAUACCAAUCGAAGGCCCAUCACAGAAGUCGACCGAUAAAUCCAUGGGACCUCCGAAUAUAAGAACACCAAACCCGACAAUAACACCCGUCAGAAAAACACCCAACGCCGACAAAGAAUCCGCCAGAAAGCAUGCUUCGAGUGACCGAGGAGGUUCUAUUCCGUUUAUCAGAAGAAGGAUUAUCAUGGAUCUCGUGGAAAAGGCUGGUGGUGCAUAUCCCUCGGGUAUUGAGCUCUGGUAUGCAUUUGCAACUGAAUGGAUGAAAAUGAUGGGCAAAGAAAGGCCAGACAGACGAACUGUUAACGCGGCAGUCAAAUAUCUGGUCGAUGACGGUAAACUUCUUCAAUUCACCUUUAGUGGAAAGAACGACAAGGGCACCUUUGUCACAAAGACGAUUCUGAGGAAACCGGAUACCUCGCCUGAUGAGUCAUUCAUUAAGAAAAUGCAAUCGGAGCUCAUGCUUCAUGAUCGCGAUCCUAAAAAGUCGUUCUCACCGCACGUGGAGACGGAUCAAAAUGUUUCCAGGCAUAGUCAUGGGUAUAGCCGGUAUGGUGCCCACAAGGGUGCGCUGCCAACUGUAUCUACUGCCACCGUUCACAUACACUCAAUGCCUGCUUCAAUUCGCGCACAAGAAAAACGAAAGGAGCGAGUGCUUCAGAAAAUACUACUCAGAAAAUUGGCCCUGAACCAAGAUUCUGAAUCCGAUGAGGAUGAAGAUGAAGGCCAACAGAUGGGUGAAGCGAGAGAGGACCGACACAAGGACCAAGCAGCCCGACGAUUAAUGAGAAUCACUACUGCACCUGACCAGACAUCUGAGGCGGCGAAAACACACAUAUCUCGCCCGAAGUCGACAGCGGUUGGCGCAAGGAGACAGGAGAAGAAAACGCCGCCGCCGAGGAAGAUCGGAAAAGCCGUUGGCCGUCCUCGAAUGUUGCCCAUGAUUUCUAUACCCGAGGCAAUGGCGAUGGUGAUGAAUCCUGGUCAGAUAUUUCAUCCUGGAACGGGCACUUUUGCCACAGGAUCUAUCAAGCGCCGAGGCUAUCGAAGAGUUGGUCACUUUGCAGACACUUCAUCCCAUGUCAAUAUUGGAAAUCCUAUUCGUGAACUCACGGCACUCGCACGCCAGCCUGAUGAGCUGACAAACUCGACCGCCAAAAGCACCGCAUAUGCCCAAAGAUUUGCACAAGCCAAUGACUUGAUUAUGCAAUGGGAAUUGGAUCAUGAGGCAAUGCUUGAUUCAGUCGUUGAAGAACAUGCUUUCAUUGGGCAGAGCGUCCAAAAGAAUUUCCACGCGGAACCUAUUGAGGGCUCAAUUCGUUUUGCCAUCGACCAGCCAGAGCCAGACACGCCUGUCAAAAGAUCACCCAUGAGAACGCGUGGAAUGGAUGGCCGCAAGCCCAAUAAACGCCAACGCGCAACAAUGGAGGACCCAGAAGGCAAGGCAGUGGAACAGCGUCCUCGGCGCCGACUUAACCUCAAACCACUCCCAGAGGGUGUAAUUCGACGAUACAUGGUUGCUAUUGUUGCUGUCCGAACUUUAGCUGGUGGUCUUGAUGGAAAGAUUGUGGAUUGGGACCUUGUGACGCUUGCUUUCCCCAAUAGUGAUCCGGGCCACGUCGUCCAGUAUGGUAAAUCCAUACUAGCCAAAAGUCGGAUGGAACUUUACAAGAUGCAGCAUGAUUUCCAAGAGAGAUACCUCAAAGCGUACGACAAAGGUGAUGUGCCUCAGAUCGACUUUGCAGACCUACGAGAAUAUGAUUGGCCAGCUCUGGUUCAAUGGGCCAGCAUUGAGCUCGAGUUUUCUACAUCUGAAAAGGCUCCCACGCUUCCUGCAACCCGUGAACAGUUCGACAGCAUUUUUGAACUUCGUGAAGAUCCCGUGACUACUGAAGAGGAGCUACAUGCGCUAUCGGGUAACAUCACUGUUAUCAAUAGACGUCGCUUAAUGGGCCGUAUGCCAUUCGUCAUCGAGCAACCUCACGAAACUCCGCGCCCGCAAAGACCGGACCUUGUCCAACUUGAGAUGGCCAAAACAUGGGUUCGUGCCAAUGUCACUACACCAGAAGAUCGGUACAAUGCUGCUGCCGCCGCCCAAACGCUCAAGCCAUUCGGUGAUUCUCUUCUCUCGACCGCUGCUCAUUCUCUCGUAGCAGAACGGGUCAUCUGCGUCACGAACCGCGGCCGCGCUAUCCCGGGACGAAAUUACAUGAUGCAUGACGUCUUCCACCAGUCCAUCGAACGUCGUCGUGGUAUAGACGGUAAUCAGCUCGCCCGAGCCGCAGAGUUCAAGACUACAGUCCUUGAUCCUGCCCUCGAGAAAGAUGGCGUAUUCCGUAUCAGCUAUCACGCCAGUGACGGCGAUGCCCUUGUCAUCCAAGAACUUUUCGCUCAUGGCCAUCUCGACAUCAUCUCUCUUGACCCUCCACGGGAGAAAUUCGGCCUCAUGGAUGGUGGAUAUCUUACGCGGCAGAUGGACAAAUCCCGACUUCGAUUCGAGGUGGAGGUUCGCCCACGGUCGUCAUAUCAAUAUGGCAACCCGAUUCUCGACCUUGUAAAUCUUACCCCUGCCCCAAUACCCCCACCUUCAAGGCAUAUGCCGCUAUGGUUUGAUGUACAUGGCUGUUUGAUUCAUGAGUGGUGGAAGAAGUCCGUUGCCGCGGUACUUGGAUCUAUCAUUCUUCGACCUGAUGUUUCGGUGGAUAGCAUUGCUUCUAUGUGUAAGCCGAGCUUGAUGAAGUGGGAAAUUGAGCUUCUGCUCGAAGAUUGGCUUCUCAAGGUUGGGGUCGUGCGGAAGUCUGACAAUGUGCCGGCGAACUGGAGACUAGCGGAGUGGUGGUGGUUGGCUUUGAGCCAGUCAGAAGCUACUUGA